AUGAGAUAAACAUAAAAAAUCAUGCUAGCUUUUUCAGAAGCAACUACAAGUGAAUUAAAUGAAAUAUUAGAACAUAGGUUCUUUAAGGAAAAGAAGUCACCAAAAUCAAAAUCUAAAAUGAGUUUAUCAAAAUAACAGUCGACUGCUACUAUGUCUACUAUAAAAUAGGAUAAUUUUGGAACAAAGAAUAUAUAUGAAAUUAUAAAGUAAAUGAGAUUAGAAAGAAAUGCUCCAGUUGAUAUUGUUGGGCCAUAAAAAUGUUUUGAUAAGGAUAAAGAUAUAGAGACUUAGAGAUUUUAGAUCUUAACUAGUUUGAUGUUGAGUCCAUAAACAAAAGAUGAAAUAACAUCCAAAUGUGCUAACAGACUCUUAGAUUAUACUAUUAAUGAUAUAGCAAAUAUGGAUGAAUCAGAAUUAGUUAAAUUGAUUUAUGAAGUUAAUUUUAAUGUCACAAAGGCAAAGAGGAUUAAAGAACUUGCCUAAUUAGUAAUUUAUAAAGGAAUGCCAAAAACCUUUGAGGAAACUAUUAAAAUUAAGGGUGUAGGUGAAAAGAUAGCUUUACUUUAUAUUCAAGUAGCUUUUUAAAGAGUUGAAGGAAUACCUAUAGAUGUGAAUAUGAUUAGAAUUUGCAAUAGAAUACCAAUAUUUAAAGAAAAAUCUCCAACAAAAUUAAGAAAGUUCCUAGAAUCAGAGUUUGAACAUAAAGAAUGGGGAGAUAUAAAUGAAACAUUGGUAGGUUUUGGUUAAUAAAUUUGUUUACCAAAACCAAAGUGUGAAUAAUGUAAAUUAAAGGAUAUUUGUGAGUAUUAUAAAUUAAAAAACACUUCUGAUUGA